GGGGCGGGCCGCUCAGGGUUAAAGGGGCGUCCGCGGGUCGCCGCCGCUCGGCCGCGGGGAGACAAAGCACCCGCUCGCCGCCGCCCCCCAAGCGGUUCCGGGCCAUGGGACGGACAGACCGUCGCGCCAGCCCCGCAGCCUGGUGAGACCGGCUGGGCGGGGACGGCGACGGGGACGGGAUCCGCGCGGCCAUCGCAGGGAACCCGCCCGCGGCCUCCAUCGCGGGCCCGGUGGUGGUGCACCGCCCGGGUUUGCGGUUCUGCGGUGGUGCCCUGCCUCAGUUUCCCUCGAGUCCUAGCUCUGGAAGCCGGCUAUAACCCCUCGCAGGGUUCCCAAGAGUUCCUGCUACACACUGGGCUGUCAAAUGCAGACAGAAAAACCCUCUCCUCCCGGAGCAGGCAUGAAUGACCCAGAUGAAGAGCUGGAGGUCCAGAGGGGCUGACUGCGCGCACCGAAGUGACCCAGCCUUGGGGCCUGAGCUGACCUGUGAAGCAAGUAGCACAGACUGGCCCCACAGAGCCACCACCCAGACCUCAUUCCUCUUGACUUCUGGGAAGUGCCUGCCUCUCCAACAGAAGGGGUGGACGUUAGCUGUGUGCCAACGGCAUUCCAGGCUCUUUACGUACGUCUCUUGAAAAAUAUGGCUGCCAUCUGAGAGCAAGGUGAGGCUGUGACAGGGACCACGGGAUGUAGGCUGUCCUCCAAGUGGCCACACGGCUAACCUAUGUGCCACUUCCCAAUAAGUCCUCCUACCCACCGCUGCCCCAGUGUGUACUUUUGGGGAGGUUUACGUUCGCGUGCCCUGUCCCUCUCUGUCUGUCUGGGCUGUGCCCGUAUUUUAGCUAGGUUAUCUUCUCAGAGUUGUUUCACCUCUUGAGUAUUUUCCUUCUCUUCCCAUCCACCUCUGAUCCCCCUCCCUCACAGCGGUAGGUUUUCACUCCAGGCCCUUUGUAUUCACUGUUCCCUACCUGCCAUGCUCUUCUCUGUGGCUCCCUCUCUCACCAACCUGACCUACAAACCACAGCGUCACAGAGCUGGGACCUCCAGGGACCAGCAGAGGCACUGGGCGACUUGCUUUGUGACCUUGGCUUUGUGGCUGACCGCGCUGUGCCUCUGUGUCCCCAUCUGACACAUGGAUGCAACCAGACCACCAGCCCAGGCCACCCAAGGUCAUUUCUAGAUGGAGCUAACCUGUGCUCAGUGUCCAGCGAGCUCUGGAUGCUUAAGGUUUUACCCCCAAGUCAAGGGCAGCAGGAGGGCUCCGAGUGGCCAUGUGAGACUUGGGUUCGAGUCUGUACUCACCUGGGGCCUGGGGUGGGUAUGGUGGAAGGUGGCUGAUGGCCCCGGAGUUGGUGAUCUUGGGAGUAACAUCAGCUCUGGUGCAGGGGACAAGCACAGGCCUUCCCGCCAUGAAGCUAAACGAGCGCAGCCUGGCCUUCUAUGCGACCUGCGACGCGCCGGUGGACAAUGCCGGCUUCCUGCACAAGCGUGGCGGGCGCGGGGCCGGCUCGCACCGGCGCUGGUUCGUGCUGCGCGGCAACAUGCUCUUCUACUUCGAGGCGGAGACCAGCCGCGAGCCGCUGGGCGUCAUCCUGCUGGAGGGUUGCACGGUGGAGCUGGUGGAAGCCCGGGAGGAGUUCGCCUUCGCCGUGCGUUUUUCGGGAGGUCGAUCUCGGCCCUACGUGCUGGCAGCCGACAGCCAGGCAGCCCUGGAGGGCUGGGUGAAGGCGCUGUCGCGGGCCAGCUUCCACUACCUGCGCUUGGUGGUGCGUGAGUUGGAGCAGCAGCUGGCAGCCAUGCGCGAGGGCGGCCCAGCCAACGCCUUACCCACCAGCCCGAGCCUGGUUUCGAACCCGCGACCCAAGGAGAAUGGCCGGGCAGUGUGGAGCGCGCUGCCCGAGCAACCGGCUGCAGCCCCCCAGCGCCCACCGCUGCCACCCCGUCGCAGGGCUUCAUCCAACGGGCCCUUGGUAUCCUUUGCCCAGCUGCAUGAGCGAUACGGACUGGAGGUGCGGGCCCUCAGGAGCCAGUGGCGUGGAGGCCAGGCUGGCCCAGCUGGUGUGGAGGGCCCUUGGCAUCCUUCUGGUUCUGGUGGGACGCAGACCCAGGACCAGCCCUAAGGAGCCUACUGGCUGUGAGGGAAACCUGAGUACAGUAUGGCUUGGACUCAAACCAGGCUGCCAAGGGACCCAGAAGACCUGACCUCUGGGGUCAGUGGCACUUAACUGCCAAGAAGAACCUGGGACCUGAACAUGCUUCAAGAGCGUAAGGAACUGGUUUCUAGAGAACUCUGCCCCAGGAGCUGGCCAUAGGCCCAUUGGGGGGCCCAGGGUCCACAUGGUGCCCAGCCUUACAAGGAUCCAGAGGGAGGCCUGGGUGCAGUAGCUGCUGCCUGGCUGCUCCUGUGGGCCUUGAAGCAGCAGGUAGAAGGUGGAGCUUAAACUGGAUAGGUCCCCAAGGCCUCUGGCCUGGAACCAGCUGAGGCAGACUUUGCCCGGCCUUUGGCAGGCAGGCCGGCCCUCACAGCUCAGUCCCGGGCUGUGGCCUAGCUUCCUCACAGGUUCACCUGAAGGAGACAGCCACCUCCGCCUGAUUCCAUGCCUGCCGGAGGAGAGCCCAGCUGCUGCUCCCUGCCACCCAGAUCACCAGGUCCAUCCUCACUCACCACAGUGCUGGCUCUCUUCCAGAGUGUCGGGCGGGACAACCUGCCCCACCUGGGUCUUGUUUACAGUCCUCCUCAGUGCCCUGCCCUGGGGACUGGAGGACACUAUCACUCCAAUCUCUGCAUCAGACGGACAGAUUUCACCCUGGCCCUGCUUGCUCCUCUGUCCUGGGAGGCCCAGGGUUGGGGUUCUGCAGGUACAUCUGCCACCAGGGCCUCUUGGCUCCCUGCUGGCUCAGGGACCAGGGCCUGGCUGUGGGUUUGACUUUGAAGUGUGGAAGGUAUUGCAUCUGUCUUUGUCCAGCAGUGAAGUUGAGUGUCCGUCCUCCCCUCCCCCACUUUUGUGACUGUUGGCUGGCGGGAAGGGAUGGCAUUGUCCCCAGGGAGCCCUGCCCUAGCUGGAGACAUACUAGCUGACUUGGCCUUUACCUCUCACUCUGUUCCCUGAGCUCUGCUGUCUGCACAGGUGCCUCUGGGGACUGGCUCCCUGUCUUUUCAACUCUCCCACUGGGUGGGGCUUAGGACUUACUGGCAUGGCCCAGCUGGAGGGCUGAGGCAUAGACUCCAGUCUGGGAUGGGUUUACAAACUCUAAAGGUACGGGGAUGGGGGGGGGGCAGGAGGAGCGAUGUCCUCUUUACCCAAAGCACAAAGAUGAGGUCCAGCUGAUUCUAGGGCUAAGAGAGGUGUCAGUCAUGGACUGGGUACGAGGGCCAGAAUAAAAACUAGUCAAGUAA